AUGAGGAACUCCAUGCAGAGACCUGCUAGUGCGACCCUUAUCGUCAAGAAGGAAGGGACAGGGAAAAUGAAUUUUAGUGAUUUUUUGACCGUAAUGACUCAGAAAAUGUCUGAGAAAAAUACCACAGAAGAAAUUCUGAAGGCUUUCAAGCUCUUUGAUGAUGAUGAAACUGGGACGAUAUCGUUCAAAAACCUGAAACGUGUGGCCAAGGAGUUGGGCGAGAACCUGACUGAUAAGGAGCUGCAGGAAAUGAUUGAUGAAGCUAAUGGAGAUGGAGAUGCUGAAGUCAAUGAACAGGAGUUCCUGCGCAUCAUGAAGAAGACCAGCCUGUACUGA